AGCGCGGCGUAGCGCGGGUGCGACCGUCCGAGCGAUGUCCAGUGGAAGGAUCAAAGUAAAGAGGAGCGAGCGGCAGAGCGGCGGCCCCCUGCAGGCCCCCGCAUUAUAGGAAAGGACCCCGUAAGGCCCCGCAAGAGGCCCCCUGUCCCAAGUCCCAUCCUAAAUCCCCCCGUACCGACCUCGCGUCCGUCCCACGAGACCUCGAGAACCUCUCGCAAGAGAAGUAGCCGCGAAAACGUCGACCUCUGCGCGCCGUACCACGUAGCUCUGGCAAUCCGCGAGGCCCCAGCUUCCCUUAGCGAGGGGAGUGGGCGCCCUGACAGGAGCGCGACACGAACAAGUGAAGAAGAAGAGAAUUUGGAGUGAGUGAAAGUGAACGAGAGCGCGGACCUGGCUCGACCCAAGGGAUCUUCGCUCAUUGCCAGGAUCACGCUCAGCUCGAGGAUGAGAUCACACGCAGCAUCCUGGAGCUUUGCGCUCCUCGCAGUCACCGUUGCUCUACUGCCAGCCACCCACAAACCGCCCUUCGCACACGCUGCAACCGGCGGCGGCAGUAUGCUGGGCGACGUCAACAUCUCAGCGAUCCUCGACUCCUUCUCCGUCAGUUACGAUAAAAGAGUAAGGCCGAACUACGGAGGUCCUCCCGUCGAGGUGGGCGUCACCAUGUACGUCUUGAGCAUCAGCUCGCUAUCCGAAGUCAAAAUGGACUUUACGCUGGAUUUUUAUUUCCGGCAAUUCUGGACGGAUCCACGGCUCGCGUUCAAGCAACGACAGGGCGUGGAGACGCUCAGCGUCGGUUCGGAAUUCAUAAAAAAUAUCUGGGUGCCGGACACGUUCUUUGUGAACGAAAAACAGUCAUACUUUCACAUCGCCACCACGAGCAACGAGUUCAUCCGUAUCCAUCAUUCAGGCAGUAUCACACGUAGCAUACGCUUAACCAUCACGGCAUCCUGUCCAAUGAAUUUGCAAUACUUUCCAAUGGAUCGACAGCUCUGCCGUAUUGAGAUUGAGAGUUUUGGAUACACAAUGCGCGAUAUUCGGUACAAAUGGAUCGCCGGCCUACAAUCGGUCGGCAUCUCGAACGAGGUGGAGCUACCGCAAUUUCGCGUGCUCGGGCACAGGCAACGACAGACAACCAUACACCUCUCUACAGGGAAUUAUUCUCGGCUAGCUUGCGAGAUCCAGUUCGUACGAUCGAUGGGCUACUAUCUCAUCCAGAUCUACAUCCCCUCAGGAUUAAUCGUGAUUAUCUCAUGGGUGAGCUUUUGGCUAAACCGAAACGCAACCCCCGCUCGGGUCGCCCUCGGAGUAACCACUGUGCUUACCAUGACAACCCUCAUGUCCUCGACCAAUGCUGCCCUUCCCAAAAUCUCCUACGUCAAGUCCAUCGACGUCUACCUGGGCACAUGUUUCGUCAUGGUCUUCGCCUCUCUCCUUGAAUACGCCACUGUGGGUUACAUGGCCAAGAGAAUCCAGAUGAGGAAGAACCGCUUUCAAAAGAUAGCCGAAAGUAUGAAGGCCGCACGAGAGAAUCCCGGACCACCGGGUAUACCAGGUGACCACGGGGAUCACGCGCCCAAGCAAACUUGGUCCCGUGUUGUCCAGGAGGUGCGGUUCAAGGUGCACGACCCCAAGGCUCACAGCAAGGGUGGUACCUUGGAGAACACUAUAAACGGACGUGCCGACGAGGAAGCAGCCCCCGUACCUCAACACCUCAUUCAUCCCGGCAAGGAUAUCAGUAAACUCUACGGUGUAACGCCAUCGGACAUCGACAAGUACUCCCGAAUCGUGUUUCCAGUCUGCUUCGUCUGCUUCAAUCUGAUGUACUGGAUAAUAUAUCUACACAUCAGCGACGUGGUGGCGGACGACCUCGUGCCCCUGUAGAAACUUACUAUUCGGCCUGUACUGGGCAAGAAGAAGCGUCGAUGUAGACAACAUCGGGGCACCGUUAGUCGCCAGGUUUGGCAGUGUAGUGGCUGAGCGUCGGAAUAAUAACGUGGGACCAACCCUUGGCGAAUGACGUUGCGACAGUACUGACUACGAGCAUUGACCCAGUACUCGUUUAGUACGCUGGCCAAGUACUAGCUCUGCGCACUGGCCCAAUCUCAAAUUCAAACGUAGACCCAAUACUGGCUCUGACUUUUGGCCCGAUAUUCAGUCAGGAGCUCGGCUUUAAGUAAUUUAAUGAUUUUAUUUAGAAUCUUGAGUAAUCUUAUUAUUUAAAUCUUUGUGCUACGUAUAUUUAUUAACCGUCAGAUACAGAUACUUUCAAAUGAUUAGCGAGUAUUAUGGAUUACGAUUGGGUGGCUAUUUAUACACUCUGUCGUUUGACGCCAUACAAAGUCGUUCUCAUAAAUUUGUUCGAGGUUAGGUGGUGGAAAGUUUUUCAAAUAAAGUUGAUCGACUCUAUUCAAUUCCGAAUUGAGUUGGCACGGCUUUCUUCUUAUAGGAACGAAAAAUAUCAAUCUAAUUGUUAAGCUUUUCUUAUUUCUCAUAUUAUCGUUUUAUAUACGUAUCCAUGCAUAGAAACACUGAACCACCAUCGAAAUACAACAGUCAAUAUAAGCUUAAACGCACUGUUAUCAUUAUAUUGGAAGCUGAACGUCACGUAACUAAAAAUCAGGUAAAAGAUUAUAAGUAGCGCCUACAUUGGCACCAAUAGGGAAGCUCAGUGUGGGCUUGAUCAGACCCAACAGAAAAAGUCGAGGCAUAACCACUAUCAUUAACGGUAGGAUAUCUAGGAUUUCAGUACCUUGCCAGAAUGGCAUGAAAGCACGACUGUCAAUAAAACGAUAGGGCACGGUCUACAUAAACGGAUUCGCAAUGUCAGGCGUACUAGCUAGCACCAAGCUAGGACCACGGUAGGACGCACCAAUUUACACGCAUAGGAAUAAAAGCCAUCCCUAGUCUUUGCUAUUCUAUAAAAGUAAAAAUCAAUUUCUCGGAAAGGCAUAAAAGAAAAUAAAGAGAAUAUAGAUCCGAUAUAUCAUUUCGUAAAGAUGAGUCGGGUACUAUGUAUACAAAUGACCCAAUAUUGACCUGACGUUAGGUCGGCACUGUUUAUAGAAAAAAUUGAUCAGAUGUCAAAACAUACAAACAACCUCAAUAUCGGCCCAGCAUCGACCCAGUAUUGAGUCGACGUUCCACAUACGAUCAGCGGCAACCCCGAACCGGGGUCGCUCGAAAGACCCAAUGUUGUCUUGACGUUACACCGACGCUCGGGCCAUAACCUAGUAGUAGCAACACGAUAGAACUAGUGCUUGAGACAGGGUCAAUGCUGAUAGAAUCUGUCAAAUCGGUACUAAGAUUCGCCAUCGGCUUGGUUCUGCCGGCAUGGCUAACCCACUAUCGGUUCAGCGUUGGCCCAAAUCUGUCAGCCCACCUUAGCUGUCGAAGUCGACGCAAUGCAAGGCUGUUCGUCAAAGCCGACAUAGUGGGUGUUGCUGAAGGACAUGGAAGAAGGUCUCCCACAAGGUGGACUAGAGGAUAAAGCCACGGAUAAAAGUACCAAGACCGCGAACGAGAAGGUUGAAGAUAUUGACGAAGAGAGAUGAGCAUACUGAGAAGACGUAGAAGGAAUAGAGAGGAAAUGAAAAAGAAAAAAAGAAUUAAUAAACUCAACCGUGCUGUGACCACUUCGACUUUCAGGCACUGCAGAUAGAACCCAGCCGACCUACCUACUCUCGGAGCUUCUACCCGUCGUGAGCUUUUAUAGUGGCUUUCGAAAGCCCACGCGAGAUGUCGCCCCGAUCAGCGGAACGAAUGAUAGACGUCUCGUGGAGGAUUUAAAGAAAGUUAACCAAUGGUGCCGGUCACGUGGAUGUGGAUGAAGAAAGGUCGAAACUGAUCGAAGGGAUGAUACUGUCCGAAGCUGUCGAUAGAUAGUGGCAAGGAAAUGGCGUAAAAAGUUCAAAGGUGACAAGGGGAAUUAGACGUGCAUCGCGUGUCAGGAGCGAUGUGAAGGAUAAGACGUAUUGCAACGAGGAAUGAAAAGUGGGAUAGGUUACGAUACUGGGUGAAAAUGUGACUCGUGAUUGCAGUGCGGAUUAAUUCAACGAGAGAUGAACAUAUUAUGACCGAAAAACAUUGCCAGUAUAUCUCUAGUCCGUAAAUGAAAAAGAUUUAAAAAAAAAAACUUCGGUAUAAAUACGUCAAUUUAGCCACACUAAUAGUUAACUAAGGUUUAUCGACUAAGGGAUCGAUCUGCUCGAUUGUGAGAAAUGCGCUAUGACGGGAGGCACCCACGAACGAGGGUUAGAUAUAGGAAUAGUCUAAAGGGAGUAGAGAGACGGGUAACGGGUGACGUAAUUAAAUUGAAAAAAAAAAUCAAAAAGAGUAAAAAAAUGGACACGUGCCUAUAUGCGAGUGGAUGUUGGGCAAAAGUGAAGCGGAUAUUGGGAUACGAGAAUAAAUUUCUAUGAAGAAUAAACGUACAGAGGUUCAGUAGUUGUCUCGUUAAGAACGUCUUCUUUGUCAAUGUUGACGUUGACGCGAUGGAAGCGACGUACGCGGAGAAAGAACGAGGCACAAACGCAAAGGCGAACUUCAUCGAUGUAAUUUCGGCUAUGGAAGAGAGGGAAGAGACAGAACAGAAAUGGAUAAAAGUAUAAAAUGUGUUGAGCCACGUUGAAUGUUGGAGACUGAUGCGAAAUAUUAAACUAACUAGUUAAUACAUUAGUGAGGAAGUUACGAUGCUACGGUAACUGUAACUCUCGAUCGGUGCUGGUGUAAUUGUAAUAAGCGUGAACGGUAGAGGGUUCGAAGAAAGUGGAGAAAGUAAGGAGUAAUGACGGCAGGGACGUCGCUCGCGAGAAUAGCUGCGAUAGGUGACCGUUUUGGGAAGCGAGCAGAGAGAGAAUAAAUAGAAAAACAAAAGGGGGGAAAGAAAUAAAGAAUGGCUCAAAAAUGAGGAACGACGUGGUGCAGCUUGCGGGAUAGGCGAUAGCUCGCGCGCAUGCGCACCGGGGCCCGUUUCCGUUCCGGCCAAUCCGUGACGUAUUUUUUGUUCUCGUUUUUUACUUCUUCGUAACUUGACUCGUGUUCCUUUUUUUUUACGCCUAAUUUCUCGACCCUUUUCUUCUCUCGUUUUCUCUUGGCACCACGUCGCGAUAUUCUCUUUAAGUUCAAGUCUCGCGCGACCCUUAGUCAUUCUCAUAGCGUGAAAUCGCCGGUAAAAACAUCCCUUACAUGAUCCAGGUUAAAUGCCAACCUCGUUAGAACGAAAGAGCGAGGAACCCUUACAUGCGCGCAAAGCACAAUGCGACGGACAAGCCAAAAAAAUGGCAACGAUAUUUUUUUCAACUACUUUUCACUCUUUCAAAAACCAUUCUAUACACAGUUUUCCGUAACGCCAUCUGUAUCUCUGUUCUUGUUUCUCAUGCUACCCUUGAGCAUUGUUCCGUUGUAAAUUGUAUUUUUGUCGUGUACAUCCAAUCGUGAUGUCUUCUCUUUUUCUAUUCUUCUUUUCCCUCACGCAUUCACGGUCUCUGAUUAUAUUGUCUAUUGCUAAUUAUCGCCUAUAUGUUUCACGCUUUUUUUUUGCAUGCAAUUUUAUCAUUAUGAAAGAAAAAAGCGGGACCCCGUUUCAUUGUUCAGUUGCUCGAACACCGUGAAAAAGCACUUUGCACAAAAGUGCCGGUAGAAAAAUUGAGUCGGGGCACGGGCACGUAUACAUGGUCCUCGCGCUAUCGAUUCCCUCUGGCGGCUGAGAAAAUAGCUCAUUCCCGGAAAGAGGUAGGGAAAGAAGAAAAAAAACGGACAAAACACAUAAAACAAAUAACAAAAAAUACUGGGGUAAAGUGGUGGGGCAAAGAGGGGUUGGAGGGGUGGAACGUUUAUCCUGGCACAUAACGGAUCAAAAGAAACAUCUAGCGUCACGGGAGCGUUGCUCUAAGAGAGGCUUGUAAAAUUAAUGCUUCUUACCGGUCCAGUUGGGUCCUUUUCUAUGAGACUGGAGAAAAUCUUGUUUGAUCUCCUGGCUCGUUUAACGCGCAAUACUUACGGGACGUGUAGCUUUGAUAAACGGAGAAAGAGAUCUUUCCACUUUCUUCUUCUCGCUCCUACCCCUCUAUUCUAUUAUCUUCUCUCUUUAUCCACUUUCCUUUCUCCCUUACACCCUCUCCCACGACCUUGAUACAACUAACCCCUUCUUCCAGUAAUCCUUCAAAUCCACGAAUUGAGAAUCUCAUUUGGCCAGGAAAUUCUCCCUCGACCGUUUACACGUAGCUCUAACCCCACCGCGUAAAUUUUUGACAAAAAACAAGCAUAAAAUUUUGAAUUUCCUAUUUUAUUAAAUAAUUUUCUCCGACACCGUUUAAGUAUUUAUUUUUUAUACGCUUUCGUCUCUUUCCUCGCACAUACGUUGAGCCGUUCGCGUGGAAACAUAAGGGUGAGAUGUUGAAGCUUGCCAUUCACGAUAUCGACCAGACACGCCCAACCACCCCCUACGAACCACCCCGACAACCCGAAAUCGUCCAGUCGCCAGAUUCGAAGGAGACAGGACGUCACGAUUCUUACCUCAAACCCCUAUAAUAAAUAUCCUUAUUAGUAUCCUUGGAUACCGUUUCUGUAAAUCAUCUGGAAUUACCCUCUCAGAGCUGUCAAAGCUCUUGAUGCUGAGUGACGGUUUCACUAUCCAGAAAACCGGAUAUCGACUACUCGCACUCCCCAAGUAUAUAACAAUGCCUACCCUAUCCAGUAACGAAUAGACGUCACGCAUUUCCGCAACUGUAAUUCACGCGAGAACUCGCCAAUCCGAUUUACUCUCUGCGGGGUAUCUAAGAACACUAUAGGUAUACAAACCCACCGCGAUAUCAAACGAAUGGCGGAGGGCUGCUAGCCAGUAGGAAAAUCGAAAGUUCCUAUUAUCGUGAAACAUGCGAUACUUCGAUAUCACGAAGAAAUUGCAUUAUGCAAUAAUAAAGAAUAGUCAAAAGAAAAUAACCCAAAGAAAGAAUAAUGCCCAACAGUGCCCCGACUCAAAAUUCUACAUAGGUCAGUACGCGUUUCACGCGUAUCAGCGAAUAGCCUACCCUUGCACGACUAACGAGAACAAGAUACAGUGUAACAGAAGCAAAGAAAAGAAAGCCGAAAGGAAUUAAGGUGACAAAAAAAAGUGAAAAAAAAAGAGAUGCUUCAUCCUCGAUGAAUAGUCGAGCGAGAUGAAUGAAAAUGACAAAAAAUGAUACUCCCGGGUUUUCAUGCCAAUUUCCUAUUUUCUACGUCUUCUACACGUACGAGUGACGCGCGCGACGUGAUCAUACUUUAUAAGUGACUUUCGUAAGGGCGGUCUGCUGCCGUGGGCUGUGAGCCAGAAUUUUAGUGCGUUAAUCAACGAGCCCAGACACAAGUAUAAACGGCACGCGCACGAACUCCAAAUGAAAGCGUUAAGACUACAUUAUAACGUUACGUUUGAAAAUACUUUUGCAUAUUAACCGCGUAUCGCAUACGUCAUCUAUCUCUUAUUCUCUGACGUUAUGCCAUUGUUUAUUUUCGUUAGAGCGCCACUCCGCAGUGAUAUAUACGUUGUCUAAUUGGAGUCUCUAUUUAAUAGCAAAGGUCAAGAGCGUUUUAUCGUUGUGAUACAAUUAAUAGAGUAUAUGCCUACAUUUACGUUGUAGCCGAUUCGGUAGUCGGUUUUCAAACGUCCAGGACCGUCGUGUCGCAUUCAAAAUUAUUCCAAUAAAGAAGCAGUCGAGUACAGAGUUUCUGUAGUCCUCAAAAAAAAAAAAAGAAAGAUAUCAAAUUUUCACAUGUCGCGAGAGUGACUCACGGUAAUGCUAUUGCACAUUGAUACGGCACUGUAUUAAUCGGACAGAAUAAAAAAAAAUUAAUUUUCAAAAUCCAAAUUGUGCGGUUCGAAUUAAAAAAAAUAAAGAACGAUCUAAUCCCAACGAUCCUCGUGAUUUUCUCUCACGACUUUUGAGGAUCACCGGCUCAAACGAUCACUCGUCGAACUUGGCUAUUGGAAGAGGAUCGAAGCUUUCGUAUAUUUCCAGUGUCAGCCGUCACACGACUGUCCUGGACGAUUCGUAAACUAUAUCCAUGGUCCGUUUAAAUAUUACAUAUUAUAAGGAUCUCUGUCCUCUGGUAGGAUUUAAGUUUAUCGUGAGCACCUAUUGCGUAUUAUCAGAUCGAAUAUCGUUAAGAGCAAGAAAGCACUAUUAGAACGAGGAGUACAAGAGUGCACGAAGAAUAUAUACAAGUAAAGGCGAAAUUGAGAUUCGAACAUCCGAUAAAGGCAGUCAUCGACAAAUGUCAGCCGAAUCGCUCGAUAACAAUUAAGCUACAUAAUGAAAAAAAAAA